AUGACACAGCAAAAAGUACUGCAAUUUCCAAACAUUAAAAAAGUCAAAACAUAUCUUUUGGAAGGGAAAGAUAUCGGCGGUGACUACCACAAUGUAUCUCAGGGUCACUGGCUAGUUGAUAACUUUAUCUCUAACCCAAUGACAAAGUAUCCCGAAUACAGACAUUCUCGCACUAGUUGGGGCAUCAAUGUUCUUGGAUCUUUUUGUGUUGAAAUCGAGGCCACUGAUGGCACCAAGGGAUUUGCAACUGGUUUCGGUGGUCCAAUUGCAUGCUGGCUUGUCCACAAUCAUUUUGAGCGGUUUCUCCAAGGAGAAGAUCCUCGUAACUUGACAAUUAUGUGGGACAAAAUGUUUCGUGCUUCGAUGUUUUACGGCCGCAAAGGUAUUACUUUGGCGGUGAUUUCUGUGAUUGACCUUGCACUCUGGGAUCUUCUUGGAAAAAUCAGAAAUGAACCAGUUUACAAGAUGAUUGGUGGUUCAACUAGAGAGAAACUUGAUUUCUACUGUACUGGGUGCAACCCAGGCGCCGCCAAGGACAUGGGCUUUUGGGGAGGCAAAGUAGCAUUGCCUCAUGGACCAGAUGAGGGAUUUGAAGGGCUCAGAAAGAACGUUGAGUUUUUGCGCCAACACCGUAAAAGUGUUGGUCCCGACUUUCCGUUAAUGGUCGAUUGUUAUAUGUCGCUCAAUGUUUCGUAUGUGAUUGACUUGUUGAAGGCGACCGAAGACUUGAAUAUCAACUGGUGGGAAGAAGUAUUGCAUCCGGACGAUUUUGAUGGCUUUGCACAACUCAAAAGAGCGUUUCCUCGGGUCAAGUUCACUACCGGUGAGCACGAGUACUCGAAGUAUGGUUUCCGGAAAUUAAUCGAGGGCCGUAAUGUCGAUAUUUUGCAGCCAGACGUCAUGUGGGUGGGAGGACUCACGGAAUUGUUGAAGGUGGCUAACCAAGCUGCGGCAUAUGACAUUCCUGUAGUUCCCCACGCAUCUGGUCCAUACUCGUACCACUUUGUGGUGAGCCAGCAAAACACUCCAUUCCAAGAGUAUUUGGCCAACUCCCCCGAUUCAAAGUCUGUACUUCCUGUUUUUGGCGAACUUUUCAUCGACGAGCCAAUUCCCACAAACGGUCAGCUUAAUGUUUCUGUAUUGGACAAACCAGGUUUUGGAUUGACUCUCAAUCCAAAUGUGAAGCUUAUUGACGCAACCAAUGUUCUUAGCCCACAUCCAGAACGUCCACUUAAUGGUCAUGCAUAUGGCCACACAAAUGGGGAAGGAUCAAAGUGA